CGAAGUCUCUUCCAUUGCCUCUGCCUCCACAGAAAAUGCUUUAAUAAAAGAGAAAAAAAAGACCGGUCCCCUCCUUAUUAGAACGAGUCCAACAUUUGAGAGGCACCCCGUACUCCGUUUCUUCAUUGAUUCCGAUUCUGUAUCUGUUAAUCUGCGGUAUUCUCAACCGGCCAUGUCUUUCAGAUGGCUAAGCCGGGGAAAUGCUUCAUCUGGCAUGGGUGUAUCUGAUCAUAGCAAGAGCACUUUCAUGGAUCUAAAGAGGAGGAGAGUACAUCGCUAUGUGAUUUUCAACAUUGAUGAGAAGAAAAAGGAGGUUGUGGUUGAGAAGACUGGUGGCCCAGCUGAAAGCUAUGAGGAUUUCGCAGCUGCUCUCCCUGAGAAUGAUUGCCGUUAUGCUGUUUAUGAUUACGACUUCGUGACUUCUGAUAACUGCCAAAAGAGCAAGAUAUUCUUCAUUGCCUGGUCUCCCUCAACAUCACCUAUACGUGCCAAGAUGCUCUAUGCCACCUCCAGAGAGAGAUUCAGACGGGAUCUGGACGGCGUUCAUUGCGAGAUUCAGGCUACUGACCCCACAGAAAUGGAUCUUGAAGUGCUCAAGGAGCGUGCUAAUUGAUAAAUCAUCUUACAGGCUGGUGAGCUUUCUUAUUCUCUUACUGCCGCUCCCUUGUGCCCCACCGAGUGGUCCCUCUCUCUGCAUUGUGAGAACUAGUAGAGUUCAUAUUCUUCAUGGCACUGAUAACAAACUCGAUCCCUGGACUUCAGUAGCAUCUGUCCAUGUCGAAGAGCUCACGCUAGUUUUGUCUGUGGACGCUCGACGAAACAAUUUCCAGAAGGAAAAGGUUAAUUGCAGGGAAUGGUUUUAUUAGGGGACAAACCAGCGAUUAAUAUAUGUUGGUGGAUACCAAUUGUAGCAAUCGCAGCCUCAGUAACACAUCAUCUUUGCUGUCAUUCAGCUAUGUACCUUUGAUUUUCGCAUGAUGCAGCGAAGUACCUGUUGCAUGAUACAAGUAAAUGAGAACGAAGAAAAAAGUUCAUGUCAGUAGGUAUCUCACUGCCUGUGUUUCUUCCUCUGCAUCCUCAGGGCAUUGUAUUUACCUCUAGAGUUCUUUAGCUUUGGUCCGAAUCAUAUUCCCAGCAGUGUCGAAUUGCAUUCGACGCAUCCUAUUCUAGGAAGUCGAACUGUCUAUGCAACUGCAAAUGUCCCUUAAUUGAAUCUUCUACUCUGUCUUAGUGAAUUUGGUACCCGAAUAAACAUGCUACACUUCGCU